GAAGAGUGUGCGUGUGUGUUUUUUCAUCUCCAAACCCAAAGAACCGUUUGCUCAGUCAUUUUAAUCUCCAAUAACAAUAAGUUCCCAUUUUUCUCCUUUUAGAGAGAGAAAAAUUUGAGGUUGUAAGAGAGAGAAUUUUUGGUCUUUUUUCUUCUUCUUUUUUGGGUGUUCCAAUGGAUGAACUGGAAAUCCUAAGAAGGGUAUGAGAGGAGAAGAAAAAUUGUAUCUUUCUUUGAUGGAUGUUUCUGAAGCUACGAUCUUGUGAAAACCCAGGAAGGAAAUCUUCUAUGUCGCGUUGAUAUACAGAAAUUGUCGAGAUUUUUCAGUGCCGUUGAUUGAGAAAUGAACGGUGGCGAUGAGGUCGUCGCAGCUCCGGCGGGUCCACCGCAACCGCUGGAGUGGAAAUUCUCGCAGGUUUUCGGCGAACGUUCGGCUGGGGAAGAAGUUCAGGAAGUGGACAUAAUUUCUGCUAUUGAAUUUGACAAGUCUGGUGAUCAUCUUGCUACUGGUGAUCGUGGUGGUCGAGUAGUUCUCUUUGAGCGGACAGAUGCAAAAGAUCAUCAAGAAUCAAGAAGGGAUUUGGAGAGGAUGGACUACUCUGUUGGUAGGCAUCCUGAGUUCCGUUAUAAAACAGAGUUUCAGAGUCAUGAGCCUGAGUUUGACUAUCUUAAGAGCUUGGAAAUAGAAGAGAAAAUUAACAAAAUCAAGUGGUGCCAAACAGCAAAUGGCGCUCUUUUCCUUCUAUCAACAAAUGAUAAAACCAUCAAGUUUUGGAAGGUUCAAGAAAAGAAGGUCAAGAAAAUUUCUGACAUGAAUGUUGACCCUUCAAAAGCAAUGGGAAAUGGCUCUAUUGCCAGUUCAAGUAAUUCCAGUGGCUCUAGGCCAUUUCUUGCAAAUGGAGGAUCUCCAGAUAGAUCAUACAGUUAUCUAAGCAAUGAUUUCUCAUUUCCACCAGGAGGCAUACCUUCGCUAAGAUUACCCUCGGUAGUAACCAGUCAUGAGACUAGUCUGCUGGCUCGGUGUCGUAGAGUGUAUGCCCAUGCUCAUGAUUAUCAUAUCAAUUCUAUUUCAAAUAACAGCGAUGGUGAAACUUUCAUAUCAGCUGAUGACUUGCGAAUAAAUCUUUGGAACUUGGAAAUUAGCAAUCAAAGUUUUAAUAUUGUUGAUGUAAAGCCCGCAAAUAUGGAGGAUUUGACUGAGGUUAUAACAUCAGCAGAAUUUCACCCUACACAUUGUAAUACAUUGGCAUAUAGCAGUUCAAAGGGUUCAAUUCGUCUUGUUGACUUGCGGCAGUCAGCAUUAUGUGAUUCUCAUGCCAAACUAUUUGAGGAACAGGAGGCCCCUGGGUCCAGAUCAUUUUUCACAGAGAUUAUUGCUUCUAUCUCAGACAUAAAAUUUGGCAAGGAUGGAAGAUAUAUACUUAGUCGUGAUUACAUGACUCUUAAGUUAUGGGAUAUCAAUAUGGAUUCUGGCCCAGUUACAACAUUCCAGGUUCACGAGUAUUUGAGGCCAAAGCUUUGUGAUUUAUACGAAAACGAUUCAAUAUUUGAUAAGUUUGAAUGUUGUUUGAGUGGUGAUGGUUUGCGUGUUUCAACUGGUUCUUACAGCAAUCUUUUCCGUGUCUUUGGUUGUUCUCUGGGAAGUACUGAGGCUACGACUUUGGAAGCAAGUAAAAAUCCAAUGAGACGACAAGUUCCAACCCCUUCAAGACCUUCUAGAUCACUGGGAAACAGUAUAACAAGAGUUGUAAGACGUGGAACUGAAAGCACUGGUGUUGAUACAAAUGGGAAUUCUUUUGAUUUCACAACAAAGUUACUGCACUUAGCAUGGCACCCAACUGAAAAUGCGAUUGCUUGUGCUGCUGCAAAUAGUUUAUACAUGUACUAUGCUUGAGUAAAGAUGAUUUGGAGGACAUGUAUUUGCUUGGUUAACCUGAUUUUGGGGUUGCUGUGGAGAAGGCUUCUUUUUCCUUCUUACCAACCAUAGAGUUGGAGGCUACAUUAACUCUCACACUACAAGUGCCCUUCAAAAUCUUUAGCAGAGCUUUUAGAAAAAAAAAUCCAGAAGUGGCUGUUUCAAAAUUUCCUGGAUGCCUGCCUUAUUUUGUUUCUGGAUGGGCAGCAACUCUUUUUUUCAAUUUUCCUCCUUCCGACCCUAUAUUCUUUCUCCCCUCUUUUGCUGUAUCUUCUUAUAAAAGAGAAGGUGCAGUCAAUGCUUCAAAUUGUGUUUGGCUUGCAAAUGAAGAAGAAAAUGUGAUUGUAGCUCUCCUACAACAGAUACUAAAGGAUGUUCAAUAUCUGCCACUAGGAUAAAGAUAAAAUGUAGUUCUUUUCUUUUUGUCCAAGAUGUCUUGUGGGAUAGAGCAGUGGAAACCUUUGGUGCAUCAUUUUUUCAUUGAUUCUUUUUUGUGUUGGGAAUUUUAUUUGACAAUUUUUCAAGGUCUAAUUUUUGCUGCACUCAGGUCAAUUUUGUGUAAAAUGUCAAAGGAAGUAAUAAUUUUAGGUAAACGGGAUUGUUUGUCACCAAAUGUCCUUUUUUGUUGUUGUUAUAUUGUACCUUUUUUUUUU